AUGAAUGAAAAUUUAGGAACCAUUCAACAGGCUAACACUGUUGUAUUCCCAGCUAAAUCCGCUGAGAAAAAGGUCGUAGAUCGUAAGAGGUUGGCAGAAAACUUGAGAAGGUCCAUUGAGGCACAUAAGAAUAGGUUGGCCAUGGCAAGAAAAUCUUCUAAACAAGAACCAUCCAGAUCAACAACUGAAUCAAGAACUACAUUAGGGAAUAGGUAUAUACAUAAUGUAAGGAAAUUUGGACAUGAUACUGCCUCUGAACAAAUUCAUGUGCCCACCUCAAUGAAGCAUACUCAGAGUUCACUUAACAAAAUUCAUGCCACUGCAACUAUACCGUAUGUCAAUCCAAAUUGCAAGGUGCAUGGUAUUAAUAACAAUGGAAUAUCAAGUUUGAAUGAGCCUAGUCCAAUGAAUAUUCAGAUUGUAACCCCUAAUGCAUCUGGGAACAGUGCAGGAUUUGAUAAUCAUAGCGUACAAUAUUGCAGCGCUAGAGUUUGCGUAAAUUCACCGUCAAGUGAUACUGCUAUAGGUAAUACAGCUUCCAUCGAUGAUAAACAUGUUUUAAAGAAUGCUGAAUUAUCUGAAAAUGGCACUAUCAAGGAUACAUCCUCCGAUGAUCUCAGAAAAUUGAUAUUAGGGUCGGGUAUUUCGGAAGACAACAUAUUGGAGCUUUUGAGGCACGUUGUGAUGGAAAUUUUAACGGGAAAACAAUCAGUAACCCAGACCAGUAUUGAAAAUGAUCCAGGUAUUAAAAAUCUUUUAUCGUAUUGUUCUAAUAAUAAUUCUACGCAAACAUGCACAGAAUCUACUGGAAAACAGGACAAAUUGAUGAAUUUACUAUUAAACUGUAUUUCUACCUCAAUAGCUGCAUCAACUAAGGAGGAUACUAUUAAUAGCUCUAGAAGUAACAAAAGUGUUAAUGUAGAAAUAAAUUUGAAUAUGCAAAACCCUGAUACAGAAGGAACGUUUGAAACUAGCAGGCCCAUAGAAAACAAAGAACCUGUUACGAUUGAACCAGUUUUUAACAAAAAUUCAGAGGGUGUAUCUGAGAUUAAAGAAUCAGUUUCAUUACUGGAUAGACUAAAAACAUGGGCUCCAAACCUGGGUUUUUUCAAGGGUAAAUCUAAUAUAUGCGGGGACUGCACUAAAGCUGCCCUAGAGAUAGGAUCAUUGACGGCCAAGCAUAGUUGCAAUUUGGGAUGGGCUACCCAGGAGCCGGAUGCUAACGCAAAAAAUUAUGCUUAUCUACAUGUCCCUAGCGUUAACAACGAUAUCAAGACGCAAUUAGAUUGUAAAUUGGUUCCGAAUCUUCGUAAAUCCAUAUUUAAGCCAAGGUAUCAAACUAGAACAUCAACAAACCAAGGUGAUGGUACAUAUCCGAGAAUAGAAUCUAGGAGCAUUUCCAUGCAAGGAACUAGGAAUAUAAAUAUUCCGAUUUUAAAUUCAUCUGCACAAAAUGUAGGAUCUAAUACUAUUGUGCCUGAUAUGCAACGAUUUCAGAAUUAUAGCAACGGUAAACAUUUGACACCAAAUCCGAUUCCAACUGACUUUGGUGGAAAGUAUAUUGCAAAUGAGAACAAUAAUGGUUAUUUUGUAUCACAAAAUAUCUCUUCUGUGCGUGCUUCGAAUAUUAUGCAUGAUAAUCACUCUUCUUACAACAGUUUUAAUUGUCAUAGCGAAAACUUCUUCUCACAACCACAUUUCGUUCCACUGAAGAUGGGAACAGCGCCAUUAAAUAUGCAGGAUAUUAAUACAAAUUCCACACCUAGUUGGACACCAAAGGCUACUUUUAUUCCUGCAACACGCGCAUUUCAUAACGCUCCUCGCAUUAUACACCCGGUGAAUACCGGUAUUCCCAGUUAUGUGCAGGAUUUAUAUGGAGCAAGGAACACACAUGUGGGUCAUACUUGCGCUAUACAUGGAAGUCCUAUAGAUUUAAGCAACGGUUGGAACCCAAAUUCACAACUUGUGAGCUCCAAGAGUGUUGUUGAUACACUCAACUUCCUAGGAAAGCUUAAUCAUAAAUAUUAG